AUGUGCCCUGGCAUCAUUGACGAUCUACGACAGAUGAACGACAGUAGGAAGACAGCAGUCAUCAACACCAAAUUGAAAAGGCUGAACAUCGACAUAGCGGCGCUGCAAGAGACCAGGCUCGCCGCAGACGGCAUGCUACGGGAGAAGGACUACACCUUCUACUGGCAGGGGAGACCCGUCGAGGAGGCCCGCCAGCAUGGCGUGGGGUUUGCCGUGAGGAACAGCUUGCUCCCCAUGGUGAUCCCUCCUUCAAAUGGCUCAGAGCGCAUCCUCACUCUUAACCUUGCAACAUCAACGGGGAAGGCAAACAUAAUUAGUGCUUAUGCCCCAACACUCUACUCUCCUCAGGAAAUAAAAGACCGGUUCUAUGAGGAGCUCGACGCCACCAUCAGCCAGAUACCAGAGUCAGAGCCCAUCUUCCUUCUGGGCGACUUCAACGCAAGGGUGGGAUCCGAUCAUGGGGCAUGGCCAGAUUGCCUUGGACGCUUUGGCGUGGGGAGGGUGAAUGAGAAUGGCCAGAGACUGUUGGAGCUUUGCUCUUACCGGAAACUCUGCGUUUCCAACACAUUCUUCAUGACUAAGCCGCAUCACCAGGUCUCAUGGAGGCACCCAAGGUCCGGACACUGGCACCAACUGGACAUGGUCAUCACCUGGUGA